AUGCAAUCAAAAGACAUAGCUAGGGUUCAAAAUACUGGGGCGAGAGUGACUAGUGUCAGCUCGAAUACUUCAGCAUUGUCAAUUGGCUCAACACUUACACUUGAGAACCAUUUGAAGCCCAAACAAUAUGAUUCUGACCCACACGCUGUUUAUGAAGCUGUUUUGAAAGUAAUUUUACUGGAGUAUAAAAAUGAACCCAGAUUCAAAAUACCCACAAGACCUCCAAGUUCACAGGGAAGAACAUCUCCUUCACCAGCCAGCUCGGCCAGAUCAUCAACACCAACACCAGCAAAGAGAGACCGUUCACCAAAUAAACACUCCUGGUUUCAUAAUAAAGGCGAGUCUGACCCAGAACUACUCCCGAAGGACACAAUACCUGCUUUGAAAAAGCAACUGGGUAGAAUUGCAGUGGGAAAAGAUACAUCUGUAAAAGAUCCAUUAUCAAAACGUUGCUUGCUUCACCUAUACAAUGAGUUAUUAGACCCCAAAUCUGGAAGAAUUGAAAAAGCAGAAGAGUUGACAGUGGUAUUUGUGCGACUGGCCACUAAAGAAAUUCAAUUAUACACAGGGAAAACUGAUCUAAAGAAUGACGUUUAUCACCAGACAGGCGUGUUUGUUAAUAUAUUGAUUGGAAUUUUGAGAACUCAAAAGAAUGGUGAAGUAUCUAUAAGGAAAUUGGAAGAUUAUAGGAAUUCAUUAAAGCCAUCUAAUCAUUUGAAACCUACUGAUUCAAGAGGAUCUGAAGCUGGAGUUACCUAUUUGAAACCGUCAUAUAGAUUGUCUGAGAUUUCAAGUGCUCAAAUUCUUGGAUCGUUAUUUAGUGUUGAUGAUGUCAAACUACAACAAGAUAUAAUUCGAUUAAAAGAAAUUGCAACAGAACCUUAUCUAUAUGCUGAUCUAAACAAACGUCUAUCGUUAUUAAAGUCUAACGAAGAUGUGUUCAACCCAGAUAGUUUUGAUUCACAUGAUGGAUAUUUUGCAUGGAAGAAAACAGAGGAUAAAGAACUAAGAACACUGAUUGAAAGUAUACCAUUAGUGGAAGCCCAUAAAACAAAGGUCUCAUCAAAUGACUUCACAUUCAUUCCAAUUGAUACAAGAGAUGCAUUAGUUGAGCUACUGGCACGUGUUUUAGAGUAUGAACAUCAUCAAAAUUCAGAAGAGACCAUCAUAUCAAACGCUACUAAGGACAUCGUGGAGAAAUGCUGUUUAUACUGGAGGAUAAACCCAAUAUCACAGGCUUGUCUGUUAUACCAGGCUUCUCAUUUAUCCAUAUUGAAGUCCACCGAGAAUGAAUUAAACGCCGAAACUACUGAAUAUUUAUUUGGUGCAUUUUCCAGACUUUUGGGUGAUUCAGAUGCAAGGAAUUGGUCGAAACCAGAUAAGAAGCUAUGGAUAACCAACCUCUCCAACACUUAUAUCCAAGUUAUGGCAUCAGUAAGAUCUUUACUAACAGCAAUAUAUGGACAAAAAGCACCAAAACUUACACCAAUACUGAGGGUCUUUUAUACAUAUAUUGAGCCUGACCCUUUAUAUGAAGUAAUUCUCAAGUCUGGUCUUCCUCAAAAGUGGAUGAAAAGGUUGAAAAAUACUUUGUUAUCAACCACUGAACAAAAAUAUAUUGAUAUUUUGAAAAUAAUACCCACAGAUAGCAGUCUUGAUUUAGUCCAUGUUAAAGAGGCAUCAGAAGGUAUUUAUAAACAAACUCAGCUACUACAGAAGAAAUUCCCCAAGCCACUGCUUGAUGAGAUCUAUAUUGCCAAUGAAGCUGCUUAUUUAUUUAUCAAAUUGUUUUCAGAAGAUGUUUCCAAUAUGUUGGCCCACAUUGAGCAUUAUUCUGUUAAGAGCGGGAAAUCUGUAAAUUAUGCUGAUGCUUUAGAAACAUAUCAAGAGUUGAAAUAUUUAAGAGACAUCUAUAGUCAAGUUGCACCAAAGAAUGCCAAAUUCACCUUGAACCUGGAAAAAUUCUUCUUCAAAUAUUUAGAUGAAUUGUGUUCAAUGAGUGCCAGAAAAAUGCUACCAGUUGUUCAAGAGGCAAUCCAACACGACGCUUUUGAACCAUUAGAUUUGAAUAAUGGUAGCGGGUAUAGUUCAUCUGUGUUGGAUAUUUUCAAGAUGAUCAAUGAAACGUUCACGAUGUUCAAAAGCUACGGAUGGCAAAAUGAAGUUCAUUUAGCCGAAAUUUACACCAAAUUGUUAAAAGCAGCUUCAGAUGCAUUAGUUUACUACUCUGCAAGAAUGAUGAAUAUGAUUAUCGGUGAUUUGAGCGAAGAACAACUAAAUGCACCAAGCGCUGCUACAAAAGAGCAAAAUAGGAAAAGUGGCGCGUGGAUCUUUAAUGAAAUGAAAGCUGCUGUUUCUAAUGCGUCAUCAAAAAUUGAAGCCCCAGAGCCUUUCAAUUUCCAAAGCCAAACUUGUGUCGUUUUGAAUAAUUUAUCAGAAAUGUUGAAGAUGUUGACUGCUUUGGAAGCACAAGUUGAUCCUGAAAGUAUUUCAUCAAAAGUGAAAAAUAUCAGACCAGAUGCUAAUAAACCAUUGAGCAAUUUGUUCACCAUCAGGGUCAAAAAUGCUGAAAAUAUUAAGCCUUGUGGAAGUGAUGGGUUUUCAAGCUCAUCUGUCGUGCUUAUUGAUGGACAUUUGAAAAAAGAGAUUGGUAAGACAAAAAUUGUUCCUAAAUCAUUAAACCCGGUAUGGAAUGAAGAAUUUGAAGUUGAAACUACUAGUGAUAAUUUAAAAGUCAUAUCAGCCACUGUAUGGGAUCAUAGUUCAAAAUUUGGCUCCCAUGAUUUAUGUGGAAGAGCUCUUGUUCAAUUGGAUCCUAAGAAAUUUAGAACUGAUGGUAUACCUGAAGAAAUUACACGUGAUUUAGAUAUUCAAGGCUCAAUAUCUUUUGAAGUUUCAUUGGAGAGUGAAAAGAAUGAUGCCAUUUUUAGUAUUGGUAGGGCACAUAGAUCAUUGAAUCGUACAAUGGAGAGAGCAUAUGCAUUGAUUGUGGACAAGUUUUCAAAGUUUAUUACUUAUUCCUUCUCUAGAGCUACAUUGAAGUCAAUAUGUGGUAGUAAUGGUGCAAGAAAACCUACAAAUGAUGAGUCGUAUGAUGCUAUAGUGCCACUUUUUGAUUACUUGAAUUUGAAUCUUCAAGUUUUAGCUACUGUGUUGAAUAAUGAUAUUCUUUUAAAAGUCAUGGUCCAAGCUUGGAAAAUUGUUUUAACAAGUGCCGAUAAUUUGCUAUUACCUGCGCUUGCCAGUGUUAAAAACACAAAUAUUUUGGCAAAAUCAAGUGCUACAUGGCAAAAUUCAUUUUCGAAUGCUGUUGCAAACGUUACCAAUAGUGUUAACAUCCCUGGUUUUGGAAGGGCCCUGUCACAUAAUGAGGUUGAUACAAUUUUUGUUUGGCUAAAUGCUUUAUGUUAUGAUUUUUUCCAUAAUGAUGGUGCUGGGCCUCCUCUUGAACAGUUGAAAAAUGAAAGCUAUCAGGGGCUGUUAUUGAUUCCAGUGUAUUAUGACAGAGAUGUUGUCUUUUUGAAAUCAGAAGUGGACAGACUUACACCAAUCGUACUGAAAUCAAUCAGAGAGAAGAACUUUUUAGGUGAUGAUUCUGGUUCAAAUAUUAAAAAAAGAUCAAAUACCAUAGCUAGAAGCAAAACUAUUCUAGCAUAUGGUUCAGCAAAAAGAAGAGAAGAAGUGAAAAAAGCCAUUAAAGAUUCAGAUCAAGAUACAGGUCAUUUCCAAAUUUCUACUGAGGAUAUUAUACUGAGAGUCUUGCUAGCUAAAGAUCAGAAGGAAUUUGUCGCAAGACGUUUAAAAGAAAGGGAGAGAAUCGCGAAAAGCAUUGCAACCGAGAGACUAGCCAGACUAGCCGUGGAGGGUCGAAAUGGACGUUAA